CAAACACAUUCGGUGUUUCAUCCUUAGAGCAUAUUUAAGCAAGCACAAGCAGCAUCUCACUGUCGUCGCUUGUGCCAAAUGUAUUGCUCAUAACCACAAACGUGCCACACAGUAGUCAUUUCCACUGCCCUAAUGUGCAGAUGACUUUACAUACUGUCAUGCUACCUGAAAAGAAGAAAGGGAUUGCCUGGUUAAUGAGUAGCUCUAGCAACCUUUGCGCCUCUUGGGAUGUCUCGGGCAUACACCAAGUCUAUUGAAGCCUCUGGUUCUGUUCUCAGAAAUAAAUGUGGCUUGAAACUGAAAAUACAUGGAAGAUGGUUUGACAGUUAACGGGACAGAAAGAAGAAGUAAACUUCAAAAGAACCAACGGGUGUCUCGCUGUCACAGCAUGUAUACUUUGAAUGAUCCGUGUGUUCGGUAUCUCAGACAUGGCCAUCGUCAGACCCAAAUCUUCAAGAGAUAUUCUGGCAGAUCAGAGCAAUCCUCUGCUACAAGAUCCUGACAUGUUACCAUUCGGCAGCUACCCGGGCAUGCAAUACUCAAGCAUGGAGCCAACUGUCCCCACACCGUAUUACUGCAGUCAGAACUAUUAUCCCCAGUACAAUGGAGAGGAAUGGUACUCCCACACUAGCCUGUAUGAAUUGAGAAAAACAACACUGGACGGCGGCUAUGACGGUGACAGGGAGGAGGUAUCUGCUGUCAUGCCGGCUGUUUGCAAGAGGUCUCGUCAUACGUCACAGACUGGAGGCAUCAAAGGGGAGGAGCUAUGUGUAGUGUGUGGAGACAAGGCAUCAGGCUACCACUAUAAUGCUCUCACCUGUGAGGGCUGCAAAGGUUUCUUCAGACGAAGUAUAACAAAGAAUGCCGUGUACAAGUGCAAAAGUGGAGGAAGCUGUGAGAUGGACAUGUACAUGCGCAGGAAAUGCCAGGAAUGUCGACUCAGGAAAUGCAAGGAGAUGGGGAUGUUGGCAGAGUGCCUGCUAACAGAGAUCCAAUGUAAAUCUAAAAGGCUGCGGAAAAACAUGAAGGGACAGUCAAACGGAGAUGAGACUGAGGGGGCAGACAGCAAACAAGUCACAUCAACCACCCAACUGUCAAAGGAAAAAAUUACCAAAGAGCAGCACACACUCAUGAGGGCCAUCGUAGACGCCUACAACAGACAUCAAAUUCCUCAAGAAAUCACCAAAAAACUGCUACAAGAGGAAUACAGUGCUGAAGAAAAUUUUCUCCUCUUGACAGAAAUGGCAACAAGUCAAGUCCAAGUUCUGGUGGAGUUUACAAAAAAUAUCCCAGGCUUUGUGUCCCUGGACCAUGAGGAUCAGAUUGCGCUCCUUAAAGGUUCAGCAGUAGAAGCUAUGUUUCUGCGCUCUGCCCAGGUUUUUAGCCGAAAGAUGCCGAGUGGACACACUGAAGUCUUGGAGGAGAGGAUACAUAAGAGUGGUAUUUCAAAGGAGUUCAUCACACCAAUGUUUAACUUUUACAAAAGUAUUGGUGAACUCCAAAUGUUGCAGGAGGAGCAAGCUCUCCUCACUGCCAUAACCAUCUUGACACCAGAUCGACCUUACGUCAAGGAUCAACAGGCUGUCGAGAACCUGCAGGAACCCAUGCUGGACGUGUUGAGGAAGCUGUGCAUUUUGCAGCAUCCACAGGAGCCUCAGUACUUUGCACGUCUGCUGGGCCGGUUGACCGAGCUGAGAACACUCAACCACUAUCAUGCAGAAAUGCUCACGUCGUGGCGGAUGAACGAUCACAAAUUCACACCGUUACUCUGUGAGAUCUGGGACGUGCAGUGAAAAACCUCAUGGGAUGGAAUAAAAACAUCUUCAACUUAAAAGGUGGUCCACAGUGGUGCAGAUCAACUGGUAUACACAUGCUUCAAAUAAACUAUUGUACAACUA